AUGGCACCGACACAAGCAACACACCUCCCCACAACCCUCCGCUCACCAACCCACCCAAUCCUCCUCCGCACCCUGGAAGAAUCCGAUUUCGCCGCCGUCUCGGCCGUGCUCUCGGACCCGGAAAAUACGAAAUACGACCCGCACGCCUCGGCUAUUUCCCCCGAGGUGGCCAAGAUUGUGAUUGCGAGGAUGAGGGAGAGCGCUGCUGUGCCUAGUGUUGUUGAUGAGGCGAGUGGGAAGGUUGUGAGUGGGCCGGGGAGGGUGAAUUUAGUUGUUGUUUAUGUUGGUGGUGAUGAUGACAACAAGCAAUCGUCAGGGGAGAAGGAGCAGGACGAAGAGGGCACAAUCAUCGGGUUCGGCGGGUACGGCGGCAUCAACGAGCACGAAGAGGACGGGCAGAAGGUCAGAGUCGGCGACGUGGGCGUCAUGAUUAACCCGGAGUUUCGGGGCCGCGGGUUCGCGGCUGAGGCGGUGCGGUCGGCUGUCGAGUGGGGGUUCCGGAAGGUUGCCGAGGGCGGGCUGCAGCUUGAGAGGGUGAGUGCCACGAUGAGCGAGAGGAAUGUGCCGAUGAGGGGGUUGGUUGAGAAGAGGUUUGGGUGGACUGGGGUUGUGAAGCCUGGAAAGGAGGAGGGGGAUGGGGAGGUGUUUUUUGAGGUUACGGGGGCGACGUGGAGGAAGUGA